UUCCCCCUUGGAGACAACAAAGGCGGGGCGCGUGACCGCGUCCGCUACUACGGUUCUCGCCACUGCGCACGCGCACGUACGGACAGACGCACGGCGGCCGUGAGCGCGCACGGCAGCGGCGAGAAGAAGAAGAAGAGGAAGAGGAGGCGCUGGAGGAAGAGGAGGCGACAUGAGUGUCAACUGGGGCGCGGAACUGUGGGACCAGUUUGACAAUCUGGAGAAACACACCAGCUGGGGCAUCGACUUCCUGGAGAAGUACACCAAAUUUGUCAAAGAACGAGCCGACAUUGAACUCCAGUACGCCAAACAGAUCAGGAGCCUGUCCAAGAAGUACCUGCCCAAGAGGAGCAAAGAAGAUGACAACAGGUACACGUGGUGCGCGGCUUUCGGCGCCACCCUUCAGCAGCUGGCCGAGUUGGCGGCGCAGAGGGAGGAAGUGGCCGACACGCUCAGCUCGCAGGUCGCCGCCGACCUCGGCAGGUUCACGCAGGAGCUCAAGGCCGAAAGGAAGUCGCAUUUCCAAGAUGGCCGCCGUGCCCAGCAGCACAUUGAAAAUUCCUGGAAGCAACUGGAGUCUACCAAACGCCGCUUUGAGCGCGACAGCAAGGAGGCGGAGCGAGCGCAGCACAUGUGCGACAGGAUGGACGUGGACAACAACGUGGACGCUGAGAAGCGCUGCUCGUUUAAGGCCCGGCAGGUGGCGCAGCAAAAACAGCAAACGGCCCAAGAGUCCAAGAAGGAAUAUAUGAGCACUUUGACUCAGUUUAACCGGGACCAGCACCAGCACUACCACACCAUGGUGCCCGUCAUCUACCAGCGCAUCCAGGAAAUGGAGGAGCGUCGCAUCGAGCGCGUGGGCUCGGCCAUGCGCUCGUCGGCCGAGGCGGAGAAGAAAGCGCUUCCCGUCGUCAGCCGAUGUUUGGACGCCAUGAUGGAAGCCGCUGAGAGUAUCCAGGCCCGUACGGACACCCGCUCGGUGGUGCGCGCGUACAAGUCGGGCUUCGAACCGCCGGGCGACGUGGACCUGGAGGAGCACGCCGCCUCCAUGAGGCGCAGCAUCUCCGAGUCCAGCUACUUGGAUGACCACAUGGAGGGGCGCAGGCACGGCAGGAAGCUGUGGCCUUUCCUCCGCAAAAAUAAAUUGCUGAAUCUGCUGUCGUCGCCUCACCAGCCUCCGCCGCCGCCGCCCGCCUCGCCGUCUCCGGGGGGCGUGGCCGGCAGCCCGCAGUCCCCUCCCCCGGCCGCCAGGGAUCCCAUCGCGCAGCGUUUCAAUGACCUCAUGACCUCCAGCUCCCGAACCAGGAAGCAGUGCCUGCGCAGCCUCAAGAGAGGACUGUCACUCAAACUGGUAAGUAGCACAAGCGCGAGAGGUGCCAAGCUUCGAUGUCAUCGAUGCAUGCCGUCGUUUCAGGGCUCCGCCCCCGCCGACUGCAGCCACCUUCCCGUCGAGCAACGGCGGAAAAAACUUCAGAACCGAAUUCACCACAUCGGACAAGAGAUCCUGCGAGAGCGAGAGCAAAGGGAGGCGCUGGUGAAGAUGAAGGCAAUGUACCAUCAGAACCCGACCCUGGGGGACACCGCCGCCCUGGAGCCACGAUUGGACGAAGUAAGACGGAGCCUGCACAGGCUGGAGGAGGAGCUUAGAAACAACCAGGCGUGGCUGGCGGAGGCUGAGCAGGGCGUGAGCGCGUGUCCUCCGCCUUCCCACUUUACCACUGACCCGUCCGCACCGGGAACUUUGAAACAGAUCAACACCACAAGUCCGGACAGCAGAGAAAGUCCCGACGGCAGCUACACGGAAGAUCCCGGCGCCGAGAUCCACUUCUCCAAAUCCCGAAGCUCCGACUUUGACGAUGACUUUGACGACGAUGAGCCGCUGCCCAGCAUCGGAACCUGCAAGUCGCUUUACCCCUUCCGAGGCCAAAACGAGGGCACGUUGUCCAUGUGCGAGGGGGAACUUCUGAGUGUGGUGGAGGAGGACAAAGGUGACGGCUGGACACGCGUGCGUAGGAACCCAAACGAAGAAGGAUACGUGCCCACCUCCUACAUCAAAGUCUUCAUAGAGGCCAAAGGCUUUGUACAGACGAGUCGCCUGGUGUGAAGACAACGUGUGGAAACAGGAAUUGAGUUUGUUCAAGACACCAGAUGGCGACGCCAUCCUCUUCAUCUAACACCUUCGCUGUGUUGCCUUGGUAACCAUCACCGUGGUCAAGGGGGUCUCCAUGGUAACCGUAGAAGGCCACAAUCUGUCACUUUUGGAGUACACAUACACACACGCACACACACACACGCAUGCCUGCUGGUCUGGGUUCUGUCGAGGAAAGCAAAAGCAAACAAAAGUCGCGUGUGCGUGCGUUCUUCCUCUUCGGCCACACAAGGCGCUCCUUCUGAUGUUAACGCUGAACUUUUAUUUUGAAAAAUUGAUAUAGGAUGAUGGAACUUAAAAGAAAGCCUUCAAAAUAAAAUGCCCCGUUUUGAAGUUAGAAUAUUAGGAACAGCUCAGUCAUGUGACUGUGUAACUAUGGACUCCCCUGCAAGGCGCCGCCUCAAUAUUUUACCUCACCCCUCCCUCAUUGUUGUCGUGGUUGUGUUAGAUGUGAACGUCUUUUUUUUUUUUUACUCUGACACGCCACUUCCUGUAUGUGCCCUAUUUCAAAAUAAAAGACCUAGAUUAAGCCU